GACGCUCUCCCAUUUCUCAGUUUGCGUGCGAAAAUGUCGGAAAUUAAAUUUGGAUUCAGUGCCCCUGAAAUAAUCGAAGCCGGCCACGUAAGCGACGAUGAUCUUCAUCUGCUGAAAAGAUGGCAGCGCGAAACUGAUCUUCCCCAAUUGACGGACGAACAGCUAGUCCUGUUCCUGAUUGCCGCCGGUAGCUCCGUCGAGCUGUGCAAGGCCACCAUAGACGCUCACUUCAGAAUCAAGACGAAGAACCCGGUCUUAUUCAAAGAUAGAAAUGUGCAAAAUGGAGAUCUGAGAAAAAUUGCGAGUGUCAUGCACUUUGCUGUAAUGCCUGAACGCUAUGGAGGAUCCACGCUCUUCUUCUCCGGGUUGAACGAUCGCAAUUACAGAAAUCUGGAUUUUGCGUGUUUUUUGAGGAUGAACUGCCUAAUUGCAGAGGCGAUUCUUCAAGAUAACAACCCGCAGGAUGUUAUAUACACCUUCGAUUGCAGAGGGACGACGUUUAUGCACGCUUGGAAAAUUAACAUGCACCUUCUCAAGGUCUACUUAGACUACAUACAGCAAGGACUUCCAUGCCAGGUCAAAAACGUCCAUUUCCUCCACUCCAAUCGAGUUAUGCACGUCACUUACAACAUAAUCAAGCCUUGGUUCGGUCAGGGAAUAUUAUCCAAAAUUGUACUUCACUCCAGCGAGGAGAGCACGAACGGAUUUUACGAGUGGAUACCAAGGAGGUACCUUCCGAAGGAGUUCGGCGGAGAUUUGAAAUCCAUCCGCGUCUACCACGACAGGACCAUAAAGAAGCUGGAGGACCUGCAGUUCUAUUUUGAUGCGGAACAAGAACUGUGGUUGCAGAACUAACUCGACCAUUUUAUUGGCAUUACCUCCCCCUCCUUCCUCAACCACACAUUUUUUGUUGUGUAACGUUUUUAUAAAUUGAAUUUUACGACUAGCACUCUAACCUAACCUUGAAUUACUUCCUCGCACAUCAUAUUCUUACAUACAAGAUUUCUGACCUAACCUAACUCAGCACCUUAACCUAACUUCACUCUCUCUAACCUAAGCAUCAAUCAGCUCCUUGCGCAUUAUAUUCUCCUGAUACAAGAUUUGUGAAUGUUUAAGGCGAAGUAAGGCGUCGAAAUUGAAAUAUUUCUGUGAGAGCUGGGUUUACAUCGUGCGCACCUUAAAAAGGUGAUCACUUGGGACGGUCCUCUCUGAUUUUCUAGUCACCCCCUUUUUCUUGGAUGCCUUUUAAUGAUUGAGGAGGUCUUUUCCCAUUACCGUCAAACGCCUUUCAACCCCAGAUUUCGUCUUAAAUUUUUACAAACUUUGUAUCAAGAGAGUAUAAUGUGCGAGUAGGUCUUUCAGCUUGUAAAAUUUGUCUGGCUACCAGGAGAACAUGAUUGUUACCGAGGUCUUUUCCCAUCCCCCACAAACAUAUUUCAAAGCCAAAUUUAGUUUUACAAUUUUAUCGGGAGAAUAUAAUGCGCGAAGAGAUGUUUCAGCUCUUAAUACACGAACCAUCAGUUAUUAAAACAUUCUUGUAAAAUUUGUCUGAGUACCAAGAGAACAUGAUGGCCGAGGAGUUUUUUUCCCAUCACCCACAAACAUUUUUCAAAGUCAAAUUUUGUUUUAAAUCUUUAAAAAUGUUGUAUCAGUUGAGUAUAAUGUGUGAGGAGGUGGUUCAGCUCUAAAUAAACGAACUAUCGGUUAAAAAUUCU